AUGAAAGCACUGCUCCCGUCUGAGGUGUUUUAUUUUGCCUCACAGGCACAAAGUAAUAUUUACAAUUUGACUUAUGUGAAGUCGGAGCACAAGGAAGACGAAUCACAGAGUAGUAGUGGCUCGUCUCAAUUCAACAUAUUGGUUGCUUACUAUCGACCGGCGGCCGACCCGUUUGCAAACAAACAAUGCUGUUUGCUGCAUCGGUUUUCUUCCGAUGGCUCCACCAUCAAAACGGUGACCAAAAACAUGGAUUUCGUCUAUCUGCCUGGUGCAUCAGAUAUUGUCUGCAUAGAUGCUCUGUUUGACCAAGUCAAUAACGAGUACAUUGUGGGUAUCGGGUUUGUAAAGGGGUCAACUCAACGAAUCGAUCGAAUGCACCGGUCCGAGUAUUUGCCCAACUGUCGGAUACGGGAUCUGAGCCCCAGGUAA